CAAGUUUGGGCACAGUAACAGACACCGAAGUAGCAACGUAGUCGCAACUUAGAACUUAGCCACAGGAAGCAGGCGCAACCCACACACACGCACUUUACUCGAAAACCAAACUUUGAAAUGUUUAAGCCAAUUGCCGGUUUGCUAUUACUGGUCGCACUUUGCGCCGCCGAGGCACCGACGCGUUUCCGCACAGCGGCACGCCGUCCAGCCGGCGCCCGUGUGCGCUUCCUUGCACGCCAGGUGGCCGCACCGGCACCAGCACCCGCGCCAACGGGUUAUCCAGCUGCAGGUGUGACGCCAGAAAUUCCCUUCGACUUGCCCUCAUCAACUGUCAAGCCGGAUGUGACCUACUUGCCGCCAGAUAAUACCUACGGUCCACCGCCGCCACCACAACCGGACGCCACCUAUGGCCCACCAGCGCCACAUAGCACCUACGGGCCACCGACUGAAGCGCCUGUCACGCCAGAUGCUGUAUACGGUCCACCGGACAACAGCUACUUGCCACCCGAAGAAAGUGUCACCGCACGCGAUGUGGACUUAGCGGUUGAUGUGAGUGAGGAGGCAGCGGAAGAAGAAGCUACCGUUGAAGAGCAGCAGCCCAGCGAACCAGAGCCGGAAGUUAGCGUUGAGCCCGCGGUAGAAGUAGAGGCGCCCGUUGAGGAUGAGGGUGAGGAACUUUUCGUUGCAGUCGCUGAGGAUGGCUCCGUCAUUGCGGUGAGCAACUCAUUUGAUGCGCAGGCCGAGGCGGCGGCACAACAGCCAGCACGUUUGGUCUUCCAACGUUUCCCACAAGGCAGACGGCGCGCACCGGCUAGCGUGCCUGUGCCCGCGCGUCUGAUUAAGGCGCGUCGUGUGACGCCAGCUAAGUUGCAGCUGCAGCAGCGUGUGCAACCACAACCAAAGCCGCAGCCGCAAGGCUUCUCGUUCGCCUCGCAGUACACCGCCUGGUAGUUAAUUAAGGUAUUUAAGUUUAGACCCGUCCACCUGGCAAGCGCUUGGCUGCAGUGUUAGUUCAAUUUAGUGCAGUAUUGCGGUAAACAGUUUGUAAUGUAAUAAAGAAAAAAUACAGGAAUUUAAAGUGACACUGUUGUUG